CCUAACACAGGAUAAGCAUCAUUCAAGAGGUGAGCACUGAUCUCCCUCCUCAUUCAUCUCCUUAAUUAGUACUCAAUCUCUACCCCACCACCACCACCACCACAACAACCACCACCACCACCAUGGUCCCCAAAUCCAUCAUAACCACCUCAGCAUCUCCACACCUCCCUCUGCUUAAAAUAUCCUCAGUUAGAAUUGAAGAAAACCCCCAAACUCAAACAAUCAGAACCACCCCUUCUCCCUCACUCCCAACCACCACCACCACCCAAAAUCCCAGCAAACCACUGCUCAAGAAAACACCACCACCACCACCUUCCACACCAUUCAAUGCAAAGAGAAAACCACAACCACCACCUUCAGUGCCAGCACUACUCUUCAACGCAUUCGACGACAUCAUCAACAACUUCAUAGACCCUCCACUCAAACCCUCAGUAGACCCCAGACAUGUCCUCUCCCAAAACUUUGCUCCGGUGAACGAGCUCCCCCCAACAGAAUGCGACGUCGUACAAGGCACCCUUCCACCCUGCCUCGACGGCGCAUACAUCAGAAACGGCCCCAACCCGCAGCACCUCCCUAAAGGACCUUACCACCUCUUCGACGGCGACGGCAUGCUCCACGCCCUCCGUAUCUCACAAGGCAGAGCCACCCUCUGCAGCCGCUACGUCAAAACAUACAAAUACAAAAUCGAAAACGACGCCGGUUACCCUCUCAUCCCCAACGUCUUCUCCGGCUUCAACACACUAGUAGCCUCCGCCGCACGCGGGUCUCUCACGGCGGCGAGGGUUAUCGCCGGUCAGUACAACCCUGCCAACGGCAUUGGGUUGGCGAACACGAGCUUAGCUCUGUUUGGGAACAAGCUCUACGCGUUGGGAGAAUCGGAUCUACCUUAUGAGAUCAGAAUCGCCAACAACGGUGACAUUGAAACCCUCGGCCGUCGCGAUUUCGACGGGAAACUCACCAUGAGCAUGACGGCACAUCCCAAAAUCGACCCUGAUUCCGGCGAGUGCUUCGCUUUUCGUUACGGCCCUGUUCCUCCGUUCCUCACCUACUUCCGGUUCGACCCCGACGGGAAGAAGCACCCUGACGUCCCUGUUUUCUCCAUGACCAGACCUUCGUUUCUCCACGAUUUCGCCAUCACGAAGAAGUACGCUAUCUUCACCGACAUUCAGCUCGGGAUGAAUCCAUUGGACAUGAUCUCCGGCGGGUCGCCGAUCGGGUCGGAUCCGGCCAAGGUUUCCCGGAUCGGGAUUCUGCCUCGCUACGCGAGGGAUGAGUCGGAGAUGAAGUGGUUCGACGUGCCGGGUUUCAACAUUGUUCAUGCGAUCAACGCGUGGGAGGAGGAGGAUGGGAAGACGGUGACGCUGGUGGCGCCGAAUAUUCUGUCGGUGGAGCACACGAUGGAGAGGCUGGAGCUGGUGCAUGCGGUGGUGGAGAAGGUGAGGAUUGACAUGGAGACUGGGUUCGUGACGAGGAAGCCAUUGUCGACGAGGAACCUUGAUUUCGGAGUGAUAAACCAGAGAUUCUUGGGGAGGAAGAGCAGGUUUGUGUACGCGGCGGUGGGGGAUCCGAUGCCGAAGAUUUCUGGGGUGGUGAAGAUUGACGUGGUGAGUGGGGAGACGGUGGGGUGUAGGAUGUACGGCGAGGGUUGCUACGGCGGCGAGCCGUUUUUUGUGGCGGCGGGGGAGGAGGUGGAAGAGGAGGAUGAUGGGUACUUGGUGAGUUACGUGCAUGAUGAGGGGAAGGGGGAGUCGAGGUUUUUGGUGAUGGAUGCUCAGUCGCCGGAGCUGGAGGUUGUGGCGGCGGUGAAGCUUCCGAGGAGGGUGCCGUACGGGUUUCAUGGACUGUUUGUGAGUGACAGUGAGCUCAGAAAGGUGUCGCUGUCAUAAUGGGACUGGUGUGGUGGGGACCACUCUGUAUAUAUUAUUGUUAUCCAAUCAUUACUAUUAUAGGGUUAAAGGAAUAGAUUUUCAUUAUAUAGUUAUGAACUUUCCACUUAUAUCAAUCUCAAUUUUUU